CCCCCCAGAUCCACGCCAGGCGACCCUCCCUCGGUGGCCGGAGAUGGGAGAACCAGGCCCGGCUGCCCCCCGGCCAGGAAAAGCCCCCCCAGGGAGCAGCAGCAGCGGGGCAUUCUGGGAGCGGACCGUGCAGAAGAUCCUGGGCGGGGGGGACCAGGGCGCCAGCCCCGACGUCCAGCGCCAGCGAUUCCGGCAGUUCUGCUACCUGGAGGCCGAGGGCCCCCGGGAGGUGUGCAGCCGCCUGCACCACCUCUACCGUCAGUGGCUGCGGCCCGAGCGGCACACGAAGGCCCAGAUGCUGGACCUGGUCAUCCUGGAGCAGUUCCUGACUGUCCUGCCCCCGGAGAUGGAGAGCUGGGUCCGGGAGUGCGGAGCCGAGACCAGUUCCCAGGCGGUGGCCCUGGCCGAAGGCUUCCUUCUCAGCCAGGCGGAGGACAAGAAGCAGGACGAGGAGCAGUGGGUGCAGGAGAUGUUCGCCAAAGGGGCCGUGGAUCUGCCCACGCCAGAGGAGGCAUCAUCGGACCCCAGGCGGAGGCCCCCGUUCAGGGGGGCUGUGCAAGAGGUUGCAGGAGGUGCCCCCUCGCUGGGAAGCAGCAGCGCAACCCUGGGGAUUCAUUCCGGGCCUUCUCCAAUUUGGGAUGGAGCAGAAAUGGUUUCUGCGCCAUUGCCGGAUCAGUGUCCAGUGAGCUUUGAGGAGGUGGCUGUGUAUUUCACGGAGGAGGAGUGGGCCCUGCUGGAUCCGGCCCAAAGAGCCCUGCAGUGGGAAGUCAUGGUGGAGAACUAUGGGAACCUCUCCUCUCUGGGCGAAGCGAUGGAGAGCGCUGGGAGCUCUGAGCUGCAGAGAAAGAAAACGGAAGCACAAGGGGAGCAGCCGUGGAGCCAGAAACCCGCCUGGCCGGCAGACGCAGACGGCCCUGAAAUCCCCCUCCGGGACGAGUGCUGGGCAGGGGCCGGCCGGCCGGCGCUCCUCCCUGCACGGGCCAAAAGCUCCCCCAGCAAAGCCGGCCUGAGGAGGCACCCGAGAGCGCACAAGGGAGGGGAGGCGGUGCUGAAGUGCUCCGAGUGCGGCAAGAGCUUCAACCGGCGCUACAGCCUCACGCGGCACCAGAGAGUGCACACUGGGGAGAAGUGGUGGAUCUGCCCCGUGUGCGGGAAGAGCUUCAGCCAGAGGUACCACCUCACCCGGCACCAGAGAAUCCACACCGCGGAGGAGUGGUGGAUCUGCUCCGUGUGCGGGAAGAGCUUCCGGUGCAGCAACAGCCGAAUCCGGCACGAGCGGAUCCACACCGGGGAGAAGCCGUUUGAGUGUUCCGAGUGCGGGCGGCGCUUCAGCGAGAGCUCGACCCUGUACAAGCACCAGAGGGUGCACACGGGGGAGAAGCCCUACAAAUGCCUGGAGUGCGGCAAGAGCUUCCGCCAGAAGAUCAACCUGACGAGGCACCGCACCGUCCACACGGGGGAGAGGCCCUAUCCGUGCGCCGAGUGCGGCAAGAGCUUCAGCCAGAAGGUGAGCCUCACGCUGCACCGCACCAUCCACACGGGGGAGAAGCCCUACAAGUGCGCCGAGUGCGGCAAGAGCUUCACGCAGAGGAUCAACCUGACCUCCCACCAAAGGACCCACACGGGGGAGAAACCCUACCAGUGCACCGAGUGCGGCAGGCGCUUCAGCCGCAGCAACAGCCUGGCGGAUCAUCUGAAGCACCACGUCCGCAUUCAGUGCGUGGAGCUCCCGCCCGAAGAGGAACCCUCGGACCAGUAACACGCAGAGUUGCAAGGGAGGGGCGCCGGUGCAGGCUGGAAACGCCGGGUGGGUGCGGGGGGAGCCCAAAAAGGGUCUGAGGUGGAGCGGGAAUCCUCCGCUUCGGGGAUUCACACCCCUGGAGGCGGCGUCUAAAGCAGGCCUUCCUCAGCCUGGGCGUGCUUCUGGGCAAGUGCCCUGACAGGCAGAGCGGCGUCCGUCCGUCUGUCCGUCCGUCCUCUGCGCCGCUGUCCCGAGCCCCUCAUGCAGGCGGCAGGGAUAACGUCCUUCCUGCAGGGUGCGUUGCUGCGAGCAGGAGGACGCUGGAUUGGGUCCUGACGACGCGACUUCAGGUUAAGCCCCUCUGAAAUCAGGGGGACUAAAUUGUGGUGACGAGUCCUAGUGAGCGCAAUGGGGGACUUCAGUCUGGACCCAAACUGCGGAUGGGCUGCAUUGGACUACAGUUCCCAGCCGCCCUUGAUGGAUGAUGGCAGCUGCGGUCCAACCACCUCCAGCUGGCCACGCGUUGCCCUCCUCCCCUGGUGCAGGAUGGGAAGAUGCCCCCCGCUUCUUCGUUGCCAUUGGCUGAAGGAGCGCAGGAGCCGCGAGCUAAGGGAAACAGGGGCGCUUGGGGGGGGGGUGUCGGACGGAGGGGACCCGGGGGGCAGCGGCUGCACCCUUUGCCUCCCAGGAAGAACGUGGGCUGGGGCUGGGGGAACUCGUCUGCCCCCUCCCUCCGCCAGAGGAGAAAGGAGCCGCAGUGCACCGCCUGCCUUCACACACAUCGCCCCCUCUGCCCCCCUUCUGCAUUAUGGCCUCUUAGAGGGCGAAACGGUGGGCUAGGACCUCCCCUCUUCCUCUUUGCAUAUCUGUACAGGGAUUGGGGGUCCCCCCCCAGUUUUUCUACGUGGGAAAUACCAGCGGUAAGGAAAUCCUGCGUGGCUUUGGAGGGGACUGCCAAGUCCCGUGUUUGCCCGUGCACACGCAAGCCUUCCACCUUUUGCAGCAUUGGGGGUGCGGAGCGGACUUGUGACGCUGGCGCCCCGGAAAAGCUGGCACCCCCAUUCUUCUGGGGCUUAGCCUGAAAUAAGCAGGGCAGGGGGUGGAGGAUGGGGGACCCGGAUCCCUGGGUGCUGGGGGAGGGGAGGAUCCCCCCCACCUCGACUUCCAAAGUCCUGCCUCCGCUUUACAUCAGGGGCAUGUUUUGGGCAGGGGGAGGGAACUCAAGGGCGUUAUCCUCCUCCCUCUCACAGUGGUUUGUAAAAACACAAGUCUCCCGAUUCCUCUCCCGCAACUCCAGGAUCCCGGUUUGUGGGCAAUAUUGGUUUUAGGUGUCUUGCAAAUGAGAAGUUGCCGUAAACACUUUUCCUGCCACAGAUGGAGGCUUGAUCUGAUUGCCCUGAGAUUCAUACAUAAGAUUUGGGUGCCCCCCCUCCCCAGAACCCUUCGAAAUUAUACAUCGCUGCGUUUUUCUUAUGGUCUCCAGCUGUCAGUUGAUAUUGAUAAUAAAACGUAUUCAUUAAGAA